AUGGCGACCCGGGGGUAUAAUAACGCAUGUUUCUUGGCCGACGGGCGCGGCCCAAUGCACCAGAAAGCUUUAUCGAGGGAUUGCCCUUAUAAACGUUGGGGUGCAUAUGGGAAGGAAACAACUUCGAGUUUAUUUCUAUCGGUUUUCACCACCAUAAAGCAACAGGAAACACUUUUCCUUUAUAGCAUAACUUGGGGGCGGAUGCACUCAGCUAACUAUCGGACCUUGCCGUUUUGCAGCCAGCUUUCGAAUAUAGCAAAUCUUAUAACGUGCAAACCAUUGGUAACAAGGGCUGCCUUAUCGUGGCGCCAAGGCUGA